AUCAGUCGACCUCACGUGGAGUCGCGAGCCCUAGUUUGAGAAACGCGGUCAUCAACUGACGCGUUCUAGAACAGAAGACCAUUACUAGGCGCGUGGCUUGCAUGGAGAUGUCUGCUUUAUACCUCGCUCUGCUUCUGUUCUCCGAGCAUGUUAUCGACGGGAUAACCAGAUCUUACGAAGGGACUGAGUUAGCGACAACACCGACAGUCACCUCCCCGUUACCGGAGCGAUGGCGGCGGCGGGACAAGCGGGGCUUGUUGGAGUUGGCGGGCGUCGUUAAAUGCAGCACUGGGAGGUCGGCGGUGGCUUACGUCAUGUAUGGAUGUUACUGCGGGCUGGGAGGCCAGGGAUGGCCCCGAGACAAGGCUGACUGGUGCUGUCACAAACAUGACUGUUGCUAUGGGAAGGCCGAGAAUCUGGGUUGUCAGACCAAGACGGACAAGUACCAGUGGACCUGUGAGAACAAGAUGUCAAACUGCGAGUCUCUCAAGAAUCGAUGUGACAAGAUUCUGUGCAGGUGUGACCGGGAGGCGGCCAGGUGUCUGAGGAGAGCUCCCUUCAUCCCUAAAUACUCUGUCUGGCCCGACUUCAUGUGUGGAUACGAACAGCCCACCUGUACCCGUCACUGAUGCUGUUACACAGUGUGUGUGAGAGAGAGAGACUAGUGUUUUCUCUCGUUUGUCCUGGCUAGUGGUGUGUGUGUAAUAAAGACCUACAGUACUUUA